AUUACAUUAAUUAUUAUUUAUGUUAAAUAUAUUUCCUUGCGUUAUAUAGUAGCAAAUAAUUCAUUAUUUGUACAUACCAAUACUUGGUAUUAAUUAAAACAAAAAAGCCAAAUCAUAAGGUUAUUCAAAUUAUAAAGAAAAAUCAAAUGACAAAUAUUUAAUAAAAUUACUCAAGUUUGACUUUAAAUGUGACCAUGGACAAAUAUUCAGUUUAAACAAUGGAGAAGGAAGAACGUAAAGAAGUUUAUGGUAAGUAUAUAUAUUUUUGGUGAUUCUAGAAAGGAAAAUAAUGAAAAUCGUGAGGGAUAUGGUAAACUGCAUUUGUUCCAAAUUCAAAUUUAAUUCAUCAUUCAAGUAACAAUUUAUAGUGCUUCAGAUCAUUUGAAAAUCCUCAUUUUAUAUUCAACCAUUCAAAAGUUUAUCUAAAAAUCUAGUAAAGAAAGUAGAUUUAGUAGUCUAGAGUAGUCUAGAAAGUAUAUCUAUUUGGUUUUACCUAAAAAUAUUUACUAUUACCUAUUCGAAAAAUUGGAAAAACAAGUAUAGAAUAUCUCAUGAAAAAUUUUGCAUCCUAAAGAGGGCUAGAGAUUUUUUAAUUACUGAAACUUCUUUCAAUUUUCUAAAGGUUCAAAAUAAAUAUUUAGAACAUUAGUGAGAUUGUUAAUUGGUAUUAUGACCAAAUAAUUUGAGUUACCGAUUUUGUCUUUUUAAUUUUGUUAUUCAUAAUCAAUGCUAGUAAUUAUACUAGUAGGCUAUUUUUCUUGUGUGCAGUUAUUUUAAAUCCAUAUUCAUAGGUUUCCUAUAAUUGUUACUUAUUACAAAUUAAUUUUAUACAUUGUAUAAUUUAUUUAUUUAUUAAAAAAAAACAAUUUUCAGAUACUCCUGUAACCGAUGAAAAUGGGUCUCCUAUCAGCAUUGUAUGGAAACCUGAUCGUAUGUAUUUUUAUCCUACAUACAGACUGUAACACAAAGAUCUGACACCUUAAAUAACUUAUUUUAUUUAAUAGUUUUAAUUUUUUUUUUCUUUUUAUAAUUACUGGAACCUUGUGUUAUGUUUCUUAUAUUAUUAUUAUUAUUUUUUAACUAAAAAUAAAAAAUAAAAUUGCAUACAAUUUUAGAUAGCUAUAUUUUAUAAAUAUAUUUUGAAACAAAAUGUGGGUGUUAAAAAUAUUUAUUAAUGUUAAAUAGUAAUUUUCUAAAUUAUUAACAAUUAUUUAUUAUUUAAAAAAAACCUAAAUAUUUUUAGUUUAUAUUAGAUCAAUAAAUAAACUCAUUAUUUUAUAUUUAUACAAUGUAUUUAUUAUUAUGGGUUGGGGGUUAUAAAAAACCAGUACCAAACAGUAUCAGUUCUUUCGCAAUAAUAUGAUGAAGUUUAUAUUGAAAUUGUAAGGUUAAGUCGAAGUCACUAAAAAUGUCCAAAUGUACCGAAAAAAAGUUAUGUAUAUAUGUGUAUAUUAUAAAAAUCACAAAAUAGUAUAAUAGUCUUUAUUUUCGGGGGAAAAUCCUACAGAAGUAUAAAAUAGAUGAACCAUCGGCCAAGUCUCUAAGAAUUAGUACAAAGUUAAAAAUUUUUGAAUGAACAAAAGUUAUUUUAGGUGUCAGAUCUUCAUUUUAUACCCUGUAUAUUUAUUAUUAUUAUUAUAACUUGAGUAAAUAUUGUAUUAUAACUAUGAUAUUUUAUUUUAUAGUUUAUAAACUUCAACAAGAAUCCCCUAAGCCUCAGCCAGUAUUUGCAUCCAGCGCAGUCUCUGGAUGUCCCUUUUUCUAUGGUCUUGAAUAUCAUGGAGCUAUGAAUCAUAAAGAAUCUAAUUCAUUGUUAAAAAAUGAUGGCAACUAUCUUAUACGAUUAAGUAUCAGUUCAGAUGAUAAAACGUAUACGCUUUCCCUAAAGUAAAUAAUGCCAUAUACAAUUGUACACUCGGUUAAUUGUAAAUACAAAUAAUCAGUUGAUCAUAUUUUUAGAAUUUUUGGAAAAGUUCAUCACUAUAAAUUGUUUUACGAUGGACAACAUUAUGUGUCACAAAAACGUUUCAAUACAAUUAAUGAUCUUGUUGCGGAUGGUUUAGUGAGUUAAAUUAAUUUUAAAUUAUACAAGUAAUUUAUUUAACACAACAAUCCUAUCUUUAAUAAAAUUUGAUUUAAUGCAUUCUUUUCUUUGGUGUGUAUGUAACGUUUUUUUCUUCAUUUUAAUUCUGCAUAGUUAACUAACUUUGAACAUUUAAUGUUUUAAUAUUUUUAUUUCUGUUCGUUGGAAUAAUUUUUGUUUAAAAUAAUAUUAAUAAAUUAUAAUUAUAAACUGGUUGCAAAAAAGGCAUGUUCUCUUUUGAAACUUGGUAUAUAUAAAAGUUAUUUUUAAAUAACAGGUCACUUUAUAUAUGGAAUCUAAAGCUGGAAAAUACAUUCACCUUAUGCAUAGUUUGAUUAGCUAUGAGAAAAGUCCUUAUAUGACUUUAAAUAAACUUAAACGUAAAACUAUAAAAAAACUUAAACCAAAGCAACUCAAUUGUGAAGAAGUAGUCGAUUAUGAUAAACCUCACAGUUUUAAAACCCAUAACUUCAAAGGGCUUAAUUGGUGUGAGUUGUGUGGAAAUUUUUUAUGGGGUUUUACUCAGCAAGGAGUAAAAUGUGAAGGUAUGUUGAUGUUUAGAUUUUCUAAAUGCUGUGAUUAAUCUGUAAUAUUUUAUUACUAUCUUAGAUUGUGGUUUCAGUGCACAUUUUAAGUGUUCUGAAAAGUUGCCGUCCGAUUGUUGUCCAGACUUAAAAUUAUUUCGAGGUGUUUUUGGAAUUGAUUUAACUACUCAUGUUAAAGCCUAUAAAACGAAUAGACCAUUUGUUGUAGACAAAUGUGUUGAAGAAAUCGAACGACGCGGUAUGUCUGUUGAAGGAAUUUACAGAGUAUCUGGAUUUCAAGAAGAAAUGGAUAGUUUAAGACUAGCAUUAGAUAAAGGUAAAAUUUGAAUUACAAUUUUAUAAACUGAUGAUUACUGUAAAAACAUAAUAAUUUUCUAAUAUUUUUUUAGUAUAAAGUAAAUGUAACAUUAACAAUUUUUAUAAUACUAUUAAAAAUAUAUAUAUUUUUGAACUUAAAAUUAAUAUUUUCAGUUAGAUUAGUUAAACCAUUUAGAUUAUUGGAUAGUUAUUAAAUAGUUAAACUAUUAAUAUUAUUGUACAAAUUCUAGAACAUAUGAAUUAAUAAUUAAUUUGGAGACUAUAAUGUUUUUAUGACAUAACUUGUUAGUUUAUAUUUUAGUUUUGAUAUGUUUAUAUUUGCUAUUAUCCUAAAAAAAUACAACUAUUAUGUUUGUUUUAUAGAUGGAAAAGCAACUGUUAUGGGUGAUCAGGUUUAUGAAAAUAUACAUGUGGUAGCUAGUAUUUUGAAAAUGUACCUCAGAUUACUUCCAAUACCGCUUAUUACAUUUGAUGUACAUCCACUUGUUUUAAGAGCAUUAGGUAAACACACAGUUGUCUUUAUGUAAUUAUAUGCAAUAUAAUAUUAUCUAAUCACAGAUAUCUUUGUAAAUGUAAAAUAUGCAGCCAAAUCAAUAAUGAAAAUCAAUUUUUUUUAGAAAUUCAAGGGAAGGACUCAUGGGAAAGACUGGCUGAAGUGAGAGCAGCUUUGAAAAAAUUACCACCAGCACAUUAUAACACAUUAAGUUAUCUAAUGGCUCAUUUGUACAGGUAAAUAUUAAUACGGACAUAAACUAUUUUGUACAAUACAACAAAUAAAAAAGAAUAUUAUUGUCUCAUCCAUAUAAAAAAUAUAGGUAUGAGAAGUUUAAAAUUAUAAAAUAUACCAAUUCCAAAACUACUUGAUUCCUUGUAAAUAUAGGACACAUAUGAAUUGAAUUUAUGUCAUAUUAUGUUUUAUACUAGCAGUUUUGUGUAAAUUAAUGUCUCCAUUAAUUUGUGUUUUGUUGUUUCAAUAUCAAUUAAUGUAUUACUAAUUAAUUUUGUCCCUUUACUAGGCAUAUUAUUAUUAUCUCGGAAUCAAAAACAUCAAUUAUCUCACAAUUUCAAUUUCAGGGUGACUUUACGAUCCGAGGAAAAUAAAAUGACUGCCCAAAAUCUAAGUACUGUCUUUGCUCCGACUCUAAUGCCAAUGCCAGAUUUAAUUGAUUUUAAAGGUACAAUACCGGACAUGAAUCGCGAUAUAAGUGCAUUGCACAUGAUUAUUGACAACCAAAAUGUAAUUUUUAAUUGACCUUUAAUUGUAGUUUUACAAUCUUAACUAGGAAAACAAAUUAAAUUACAUUUUAUUUUAAUUUAUUAAGUUAGGUAAUUCAGUAUUAUUUUACAAUAUUCAUAUUUUUUUUUACAGAUUUUUUAAAUUGACAGUUAUAUAAAAUUGAAUUAUUUAUUAAUUUGUAUUUUAAAUUAAGUAUCUUUGUUAUUUUAUAUGAGUAUAUAUAUUUUUGUACUAAU